AUGGAAGAAAUUAAAGCCUUGAAAGUUUUGGAUGAACUGUCCCGUGUAAAUAUUGAUAAUCCGGACCUAACAGAUGUACUGGAAAGUAGGAUCUUGUUUGAUCACUCACUUUAUUCGAUUCCGGAUUGUGCUGUACGUCGCCGUUUUUUUUCUGUUGUUGAAUGUUUUCUUAUUAGUCUGUGGCAGAGAAGCUGUUUUGGAUGCAAAUGUUUCGGUGAGGUGACACAACAUGUCGUUUUCAUAUUUAACAUUUUGAAAGAUGUGGUCCAGGAAAUUAGCUUCAAUACAGAGACCGUAUGGUUUGGUGGUGAGCAAUCAGGCCUUGAAACGAAUCCACUGAAUAAUGCAGUCGUAUUUCUCAGUUGCUGUUGGCAUGUAGCCGCACUUGCUGUCAACACUUGUGAGGCUAGUGAAAUUCAGGGCUUAUUAAAAGCUUCAACUCGUAUGAUUCCGCAACGCAGUUGUUUGUUAACAGCCUUAUUGACACAGGAUGAACGAUGCCUUUCUGUUGCUGUUGUACUACUGCGCCUAGAAGCUGCCAAAAUCAACACUCCAUCUCAGCUCAAGGCCAUGUGGUUAUUUCGACACACUUUAUUUUCAAUAGCCUAUGACCAUGAGGUAGUUCUGGAUUGGCUUCAUUCGGAGUUAGCCGCGGUGCCUUUCGUCUUACGUUUCCUCAAAAUGUUGAUCAAGCAACAGAGAGAUAUUGAUGGACAGCAAUACAGCAGUUUUUCAUGUUCACAGUGCUAUGAAAGGAACAAGAAAACUCGGUUUGUUCGGAGCAAAACGGUUUCAUCUGGUAAUGAUCUAACACUCCGUAUUGGGCAGCUGCACGGAGAUUUAUACGUUACUACUUCCUACACAUUCUCCAAGAUCGAAAGGGAAGUAUGUCUGAUGGUGCCUAAAUCUAUCGAAAAAGAAUCAGGCGACCAGCAAAUUGUAAAAUGUUUCGAGAACUUACGAACUUCCUGCAUACGUUUGCAAAAUUCGGGUGAUGCCCCAUUUAAUAUGAUGCCCGUAAUUGAGACUGUUCAACAACUGCAGAGGACAUAUAGUGGAGAAUGCUACUGUGUCAGCACACAAAGGCAGCCGUGA